GCAUCUUCGGAAGUACCGGAAUCAAAUCAAGGCAGCAGUCUAUUAUGUGAUAUAAUUCAAGCUCAAUUGGCCCUGUGGACAUUGGUCUUCUCAAUUCUCUACUCUUACGCAUGGCAACAACAUCGGAAAAAAUUCCUUUUAUCGCUAUUUUUUGUGGUACCAACUGUUUUUGCUGUUUGCUGUGGUAUAUCCACCCUUCUGACGGCAAUUGUUGUGUUGGGCAGAAUAUUUAGUACACCUAUUGUCUAUACGGAUUUUUUGAAGUGUGAGGAUGACCCGACCACUGGUCAAACCUCCUAUCCUCGUAGGCAUCGUACCUAUUCGGGUACCUCGUGUCGUUCAUCGUUAAGCAUACGUUCGGCUACGUCCGCAGAAGAUGUUCACCUACCCGUGCCGCUGUGUCGACGGCACUCCUCUUCGAAUGGCUCCAUUAAUGGCAAGUGCAUUCAUCUGAUCUGCUUGAUGCUUUUUUACCCAGGCCACGGGAAACGGUACAGCGCCUCUUCCUGCGCCCUUUGA